AUGGCGCUCCAGCUCAACCAGGAGGAGGUCAAGCUACUGAUGAACUUCACCCAAGGGAAGCUAAGCCAGAAGGAUGUGAAGGAGUGGGUGAGGGUUCACGAGACCAACCUUGACCUUCGCCAGUCCGCGCAGAGCCAGGUCCAGAAGAAGCCCGUUGCCAACGCCUACUACACCGUCGAGCCCGAGACAGCGACUCAGGACUACGAGGACUUCCACGGAGACGGACCAGACGAAGGCAUCGAGGUCCUCCUGGGCGCGAUUGAGGAGCUCGACGGCGAGGUCCCUGGAGAUGAGUCCGGGGAGUAUGACAAUGGCACGUUCGACGAGGACGAGGCGAAAGAGAUCCUCUCGACAAUGGUGCGCGAGCAUGCGGUGAAGAAGCGCAGCUUUGUGGCGGUGAACCAAGCAAAGAAGGCCAAGAACCUGGCCCGAGGAUAUGGAAGUGGUUCCAGCUACAGUUCUCGGCAGGGACCACCUUCGAAGCACAGUGGCCUUGAAGGCUCCUACAAAGUGAGCAUCUCCGCGCUGAAGAAGCGCACACGAUGUGCUCAUUGUCGACAAGUCGGGCACUGGCACAGAGAGUGCCCCAACAAGGACCAGAAGCCGCCGCAGAAGUCUGGCGACCAUGGAGUUCAUCUUCUUGAAGAGCCUACCCAUGAAGCACUUUUUCUCGGCUUCAAUGACUUUCUGAAGCUCAAGGCCGCGGCCCAGGCAAAGACGCAGGACCCGAGCAAUGAGCCCAGUAGCAGUUCCGGAGCACGUUUUGACUCCCAGCUCAACUCCGCAUACAAGGCCCGCAGUCUUAUGCAUGAGGUGUUUUACGUUCACAAGCAUCAAGAAUGUCCUGAAGAAGCAUGUGCAACAGUUGACACAGGUUGCCAGAGGACUGCAGUAGGAAGCGAAACCCUGAAGAAGAUAUUGGAGCAGCAACCAGCACCGCUUGGCAUGGUAGUUAAGAACGAGACCCAUCACUUCAAGUCCAUUAACGGGGUGUCCAAGACUGACAAGGUUGCGUGCAUUCCAACAAGUCUGGGUCCAAAGGGUUGUGUUUUGAGGCCAGCCGUGUUCGAGGACGAAGCCACAAAACAUGCGCCCUUCUUGCUUUCUCUGCCGUUCUUACUACAUUGCAGAUCGGUUCUCCACCUUGAUCCAGUUCGAGGGUUGGAACUCGAGCUCAAGAGAUAUCAGCACCGAGUGCCUCUCCACAUUGGCCCGACUGGAGCCUUAAGGGUUCCCCUCCAAAAUUUUAGUCCACAAAUGCAUCGCGAACUUAGUCAGGCCCUGGAAUGUCUUAGAGAGUCCGAGCCCGAGGGUCUGCACCAUCUCCGCCUUGAUUCUGACGAUCGGCUCAGCAAUCAACCCUUUGCUUUUACCUCAUCCACGUGUGCAUCCUCAGCACCUUCGCACCAGUAUGCCCAUGGAGAAGAGAGCUCGCAAGUUCCAGGAGCCCAGAGAACCGAGCGACGCGGACUGGCAGUGGAAUCGCAUGGUUCUGCGCUUCAUGAUGGCCAUGACGCAUGCCAUGCAGCAGUCAGUUCUGAACCACUUGUGUGUUCGAGGGCCCCAAGAGGAACUGUACCGCCGUAUGGUCAGCGACCUGCCACGGCUCACGACACACGAGCUGAGGCAAAUGCAAAAGCACAUCAAGCAGAACUUGGGGCGCAGAGAGGUAGAGGGCCUGGAGGAGCAUCAGUGGGAUGCUCAACGACCGUGGAGUCGGGAAGUGAGUCCAGAGGACGCAGCUUCGACAAACACCGCCGGCUUCAUCUUGGUGCACGACGAGACAGAGCUGAACAGUCCAGUGGUGGAGCGGUGCCAUUGUGGCUUCGAGACCGUGACCCUGGAAACCAGGAAGGAGGGCCGGAACCACGGGCGACUCUUCAAGAGAUGCCCAAACUGGCGGGACGUCGCCCAUCGAUGCAACUUCUUCAUGUGGCUGGAGGAGCAGCCGAACUGGAGACCCACGCAGAAUCACGAAGCUUGGGCGCAAGGCACUCCAACUUCGACCACAAUCCUCCGACCAAAGCUUCCCCGACGGCCAAAGGUUCGCAGACAACGACGGCGAAGCAGCCCGGGACCAAGUCACCUUCCAGCAGCUCGAUGCCACGAGGACAGGAGUCCAGCCAAGACAACUGCCUACAUCAGUUCACGUGCCAUGCGGGCUCCAACGGCUAUGUGUUCAUCACGAGAUGUCGGGACUGCCAGAAGAUCCUCAAGCGGGAGGCACGCAGACCAAUGUCGGCGGGGGCCAGCAGCCAGCUGGGCCCAGAGAUGGAGGCGACAGCCCAGAGCGACCAGUCAACGGACGACUAUGCCGAGUUCCAGCAGUUCAAGAAGUUCCAGGCCAUGCUACGUCGAGAGCGCCGGGGCUGA